GUUCAGUCCAAUCGAGGCUAGAGGAAAAGCGACCAGGAAAAAAAAAAAAGUAUAGCUCACCAGAGAAGCUCGCGGGGGGAGAAGAAUUGCCGUCAGGACACGGAAUGGGGGGAGGGGGAGAAGCAGAGAGCAAAAACGAAGGAAAUGAGCUUCGGUGUUGGACCCCACGAGUGGCAGGGUGGAGAGGAGAGGAAACAAAGGUCGUCAGAUCCUAGGCGACAAAUAGGGAAUGAGGGCGGAGAGGGGUGGAAAGGACCCGGGCCGCAACGACGGGCGUCAAGGGCGACCGGGCCAAACGGGCCAGCGAACGGCAGGAGAGCGUCGAGGCGAGACGGACGAGGAGGCAGACGAUUGCAGGAGACUGGCGAGGCAACGCAUCCAGACGUGAAGGGGCUGGCGAUGAACUGAUGGGUUUCGAUGAUGGGAUCUUGACGCCGGUUGGGCGCUGGAUGGUUGCCGUGCCGCCGGCCGCAAUGGGAUUAGGCGCCGCAAGCGAGAUGGACACCCGAGCAUUCAGGC